AUCAUCUCUCCUCCCGCAGAGCCUAGUGGAGCAGCAGCGUCUCUCACCUCCAGCUCCAGCUUUAUGUCUGUGAGGGCUUCCCAGCGCCGGUGGGGAUAUUUUAUCGAUGCUCUCCACCUAAUGUGACAAUUUCAUAUAACCUAAGUGAUUGAAAUACCGGCUGAAGCAAUGGGAGCCUUUGGAGUGAUGAUAGGGAUUUUACAGUACGUGGGACUUUACAUUCAACUUAACGCGGCUCUCAACGUCGCACACGGCGAGGUGGAUAAUCAUGUCUCUGGAAAUGCUCUCUUUACAGAGGUGCCACAUGACAUCACAACGCAGAGUGGUGAGGAUGUAGAGAUGGCUUGUUCCUUCCGUGGGGCAGGCUCUCCCUCCUACUCGCUGGAGAUCCAGUGGUGGUACAUCAAGGACCACAGAGACUGGCAAAAGAAGCCUGCCCAGAUCAGUAAAAAUGUUGUACCCCUGGAGGAAACGUCCAAAGAUGCCACCAAAAUAAGUGUGGUAAAAGUGGCUGGCAGCAACAUCUCCCACAAGCUCCGUCUCUCCAGUGUCAAGCCGUCAGACGAGGGCACGUAUGAGUGUCGUGUCAUUGACUUCAGCGGCACCGUGGCGCAGCACCACCGUGUUUGCGCAUACCUACAGGUGAAGCCUGAGAGAAGUCAGGGGUCAGAUGACAUCAAGGUGUCAGGGUACCGGUCACAGGGGAAACACCCCCACCCCCACCACCAGACAGAGGGCAGGGACCAGAAGAGGAGAUCCACUGGCAGCACCACUGACUGCAAUGAGAGCUGUGUGCUUUAGAGAGGGCAGCCUGCCUGUCUGCAUGUUUAUGACUUAUGUCUACAGAGGGACAGCAACAUCACCAGAAUUUAGGUAUCAGAAGUAACUGGACCCUUUGUGAUUCACAUUUGUUUGUCUUUUAAUCUUUAAUAUUGCUGUUUGGAUGCCAGUGCUGUUGAAUGCCAAUAAAGGGCACACUUUUAUUGACAGUACAUAUAUGAUUGUGUUAUUUUUGUUGCUUUGUUAUUUGCCUUAAUUUGCAUUUAGUUUAUGUUAAUGUGACAGUAAGGCUGUAAUAACAGAGAACUUUGAUUUUGUUAUUUUGUCUGAGCAGGACUCUUCCAGAACCAUUCUUCACAAAGUUACAGUACUUGUAAGCUAAGAGUCAGAAUUAUCACAGAUAUCAUAAAUAAUAAUUCACUGAUACAGGCACAGAGCAGGCCAUUUCCUUUGCAAUGUGCCAGUUGUGUUGUCUUUUACCAAAACAUACAGUAUGCCUAAAGCUGCAGUAUUUCAAUGUAAAUGCUUUCUAAGGAAAAUAAAAAAUAAAUUAAGCUUUUUCAUUCAUCUGAAAAAAAGUGUAUUGAUUUGAUUUAUGUAAUUAAAGUUCAUACACUUUGAAAGAAAACUAUCUGUACCUAGCUUUUAAAACCACAACAAGAAUGUUUGUCAAAAUAAAAAUGUAUGCCUUCAUCACGUCAAGAUAUCAAUUUUUGUGUAUGUUCACACUUAGCACCGUAGACUUUUACUGUUAUAAUUAAAAUAUAGUUUUCUCUGUGCAACUUAACCAAAUGCUUUAAAAAACACAACUAUAGUGUGUUAAUCACUCUAAACUUUUGUCGUCAUUUUCUUCUCCAUAAUAUAACUUUUUGCCUAAACCUUUAUGGAGUUUGACAUCUGAAUCCCAUUCUCCUCUUGACUGUGUUUGUUCAAAGUGCUGCUGUUUGGUGUCUGUUCUGUUAAAUACAUUUGUUUGAAAUGA